AUGUCGCGUCGCCGCAUGGUGGGCUUCUCAGCCCUGGCCUUCUUAGGCUCAGGAUCCGAUGCAACAUUGAUAGGCAAGCGGGCCAUUCAGACACAGCCCAUCGAGAUAAUUGACGGAUCAAAUACCUUGUACGACACUUUGACAAGUACAUUUCUCCUUCAAAGUGAUGAUUCCUACGUUCCCCCUACCCUCUAUGGACAUGGUGAACCAAACACGACAUACAACAUUCCCCUCGCGGACCGUCAGCCAUCAUGUGGGACUGUCAUGGUAGAGAGCCAUGUAACUAUUUUAUCAUCGACUGACCGUAUGAUAUCUGCGCCUGAGACAACCACUCUGCCUACCCAAAAUCCAUGCGACAUAGUAACCGUGAUCGUCAGAAUGCAAGGCUACAGGAAAGGCGAUACAAAGGCACCUGUCUCCCAAGCUCCGGCCUUGACUUCAUCUCCAUCCGAGUCCGAAAGCUCAGCCGUUAAUUCAGAUCCUACAGCAAUUGACCAAGAUACUGAGAGUACUGCUGUUCCUACGAUCCAGACUUCUGCCCAGGAUGGCCCUGCCACUUCUUCAGGUUCUACAGUAGUGGGCCAGGACACUAGUAGCUUUCCUGCACCUAUGAAUAAGAUUCUUGCUCAGGACGGCUCCACCACUGCUUCAGAUCCUACAGUGCCAUGGACUACAAUGACCACUCAAGGAACUGGUACUGCAACUAUGACCAGCACGCAAUCUCCAACUAGACCUGGUGACACAGGAACGGUUUGGGUCAUGGCCCCCAGGUCUCAAAUGACCUCGGAUACCCCGAUUGACUACACCACCAUCACGAGCACUGGUACCGGCACCGAAACUGGUACUUACACCAUCACUGAGUCCCCGUCAGGAUCUGGUCCUGGUACGGUGGUGAUUGUGGUACCGAGCUCGUUAGCUCAAUACGUUACCGUGACAUCCUAUGAUAGCUCGAUCACAGCUGUUGCCACGAGUACAAUAACUCCCAGUGCUCCUGGCGGAACUGGUACUGUUGUUAUCUAUAACCCAUACGAAUGGGAGACCGUCACAUCUUAUGAUCCUACCGCCCCAUCUGACCAUGCAACAACUAUGUGGCCUUCUGCGUCUGGUCAUGUCGGUACAGUAGUCAUGUAUAUGGCAUACAAAUGGGUGACAGUCAGCUCUUAUGACGCAACAAUCUCAGCUGCAUCUACAAAGACUAUAUCACCACCCUCUCCAGACCAAACAGGUACCGUGGUAAUAUACCAGCCAGAUCCAUGGGUUACAGUCACUUCCUAUGGAAGUGUCAUGGCAGCGUCAAUAAAUACUGUGUAUCCAACUGCUCCAGGCGCAACGGGCACCGUUGUUGUAUAUAAGGCCUAUCAAUGGAUGACCGUCACCUCUCACGAUCCAAGAAUCGCAGCCCCGUCCACAACCACUCUACCACCAGAUCCUGGAGCGCAGACAGGCACUGUGAUGGUAUAUGAACCUUACAAAUGGACUACCAUCACGUCUUAUGGACAAUAUACAGCUGACUCUACAUCUACCAUAUCUCCAACUGCCCCAGAUGCAACAGGCACUGUUAUCGUGUACCAGACUUAUCAGUGGACGACCGUCACCUCCUUUGGAGAAUUUACAGCUACAUCGACAUCUACAAUAUCCCCUUCCACCCCAGGUCAAACGGGCACUGUAGUGAUCUUUGAUCCACAGCCAUAUACGACUGUGACUUCAUUUGGCGAUUUUGCAGCUGCAUCGACAUCUACCAUAGCUCCAUCUGCACCAGGUCAAACUGGCACCGUAUUGGUAUUUGAUCCACAGCCAUAUGUAACUGUUACUUCGUACGGAGGCUAUACGACUGAAUCCAGAACUACCAUGACUCCAUCUAUCCCGGGUCAAACUGGCACCGUGGUGGUCUUUGAUCCACAGCCAUACACGACCGUUACUUCAUACGGAGGUGUUACGGCUGAAUCCACAACGACAAUAGCUCCAUCUAUCCCGGGAGAGACAGGCACCGUGAUAGUCUUCAACUCGCAGCCAUAUUCGACCAUCACGUCGUAUGGCGCCGUCUCAAUUGCCACCACGUACACCUCGCCUCCCCCGUCUCCUGGCCAGACAGGUAUCGUUUUGGUUAUUAUGCAACAACCUUAUACGACCGUUACUUCGUAUGGAGGCGUUACAGCUGAAUCAACUACAACAAUCGCUCCAUCUGCUCCUGGGGAAACAGGUACUGUCGUUAUCUUUGAUCCGCAGUUGUACGUGACUACCACGAGAUAUGGAAGUGUCACAGCUGCCUCGACAACAACCCAAAGCGGUGAUGGGUCCAGCCCAACUCUUACCGUGCUGGUAGAUCUCCCCCAGCCUUACACUACAUUCACUAGUUAUGGCGCUUUCACCGCAGCCACCACUAGAACAUACCCGCCCUCUGUUGCAGGGCAGGUCGGAACUGUAGAAGUCGAUCUCCCCCAACCUUAUACAACCGUCACGAGCUACAAAGAUGGUCUGACUACAGCUGAGACUACAACAUACUCACCCGAUGUUCAAGGAAAGUUUGCCACUGUCGAGGUUGAUAUGCCUCAGUCCUACACGACAGUCACAAGCUAUAUUCCAGGCCUCGCAGGCCCGGCAUCUACAACCUUACCGGCGUCUAAUCCAGGUGAUGUGAUGACUGUAGUCGUUGGUCUCCCUCAGCCCUACACAACUAUAACGACCUAUAUCGAUGAUCUCACUGCGCCUGUAACUACGACAAACCAGCCCGCUAAUCCCGGAGAUCCUGUCACGGUUAUUAUUGAGAGCCCAUUGGGACAUACGACGAUUACAACUUAUGUUGAUGGCUUAACUGCUCCUAUCACCACGACCAAUCAACCUGCUAAUCCAGGAGAUCCGGCCACUGUUGUCAUCGAGAGCCCUCUGGCAUAUACAACUAUCACGACGUAUGUUGAUAGUCUGACUGCACCCCAGACUAUGACAAGUCAACCGGCCGGUCCUGGGGAUCCUGCUACGGUUAUUAUUGAGAGCCCGUUGGGACAUACAACUGUGACGACUUAUGUUGACGGCUUAACUGCUCCUGUGACCACAACCAACCAGCCUGCGAAUCCUGGGGAUCCUGCAACUGUUAUCAUUGAGAGCCCUCUGGUAUACACAACUAUCACAACCUAUGUCGAUGGCCUGACUGCUCCUCUGACUACGACCAACCAACCGGCUAAUCCCGGAGAUCCUGCCACUGUUCUUGUGGAGAGUCCGCAGGCAUACACGACUGUCACUAGUUAUGGCUCUUGGACUCAACCUCUUACUACAACAUUGUCACCUACUGGCCCUGGAGGCGUGGCUACUGUUCUUAUCGAGAGUCCUCAGCCAUACACGACUGUAACUAGUUACGGUCCCUACCCAUCAGCUAUGACAACCACUCAUGAACCGGCAUAUCCAGGUGGCGUUGCUAGUGUUGUAGUAGAGGUGCCCCAAAGAUAUACGACUGUGACCAGCUAUGGCCCCUACCCAGCAGCAACAACCACUACCAUGGCUCCUGUAUCUCAGGGCGGUGUAGCGACUGUAGUUGUGGAAUCACCCCAGCCUUAUACGACUGUGACCAACUAUGGCAGCUUUACAGCAGCAUCAACCACCACAAUGUUACCGGCGUACCAAGGCGGUGUAGCUACUGUCGUCGUGGAUUUGCCUCAGUCCUACACAACUACUACAAGCUGGGGUACCUUCACAGCCACUAGUACCACUACCAUAUCCCCAACAUCUCCGGGCGGCGUUGCUACUGUUGUUGUUCAACGACCCCAGUCCUAUACGACCACCACAACCUGGGGCACCUUCACAGCAACUGGAACGACUACCAUAUCCCCAACAUCUCCUGGAGGCGUUGCUACAGUGGUUAUGCAGAAACCCCAGCCAUACACCACAGUAACUAGCUAUACCACUGUUGUCUCAAGCGCCAGCACAUCCACUGGGACUCCCGCUUCCGCCGGGCAGACUGCCACCGUGGUGGUCGUCGCUCCCGCAGUUGGAACCAAGGCUGCAGAUCAAACAUGUAACAACGGUGGUCUGGAAUACGCUAUCUAUACCAACUCGUACUACAACUCUGAUCCGCCUAACUACUCUUCCCUCAACGUAGCGUACUUUGGUACAGCUACACCCACUUACACUGGUAUCACAAGUUCUAUAGGCAUUACAGAACCAGGAGGAGUAAAGGCAGGAAACUCGGGUCCCGCCCAGGUUAUCUAUCCUGGUUCGCCAAGUCAGACAUGGCAGUAUAAGGCUGUUAACCAUCGGGCAUACUUAUAUGCGCCUAUCAAUGGUACUUACUCUGUUGUUGUCCCAUACUCCGACGAGGUUACACUGGUUUGGUUCGGCAAUAAGGCGUUAUCAUCGUGGACACGUGCCAAUGCAGAUCUGGACCAGAACUACUCAUCAGGGCCUUCCAGCUCCAAGACUUUCAAUAUACAGCUGACAGCGGGCACUUAUACGCCAUUCCGGGUUUUCUGGGCUAAUGCUCAAGGAGACUAUUCCAUGAUAGUUACUGUCACAGCUCCGGACGGUACUGUCAUCGUCAAUGGCUCUGGAUCAUCGAGCAAAUACUUUGUUAGAUUUGCUUGUGACUCUAGUACACCUUCUUAUCCUGCAUUUGGAAAGGGCGGUUAA